AUGAGAGCUAUAGCUAGGGGUUCUAUCUCUUCUUGUUUGCUUGCUUGUUUUCUUUCUUUUCAAGGUUGCUUUUAAACCCCUUUGAGAUAUUGAAUGAGUAAGAACAAGACUUAUAUGGUGAAAAAGUGGCUAAAAAAGUGAAGAUGUCAAAUUUAUGUAGGUUUAAUUUCUUUUGAGUUUAUAUAGUAUAGUAUAUAGUAGUAGAGAGGAGAUAGCUAUAGCUUAAGGGUUUUUUUUUAAGAGAGAAGAAGAUAAGAAGGAGGAGGAGAAGAAGCUUGAGUAGUAUAUAGUACUUUUGCUUUUUAAUUAUUCUUCAUCUUGGGAUUUUCAAGUGCUUUAAAAAAAAGAAGCAAAACCUCUCAUAUUAUUAUUAUUUUUGUUUAAUUAUGGAGCCUGCAAAUCUCCAUCAACAAUAUCAAUAUCAUCAACUCCAAUUCCAAGAUCAAUUUCCUCUUAUUGGUAUUUCUCCAAAUUCUUCUUCAUCUUCUAAUAAUUCUUGCUAUGGAGGAGUUUCAACAACAAACGCUUGGACCCCAUGUACUACUACUACUACUAUCUUGAACAGUCAUGGAAGUGGUCUUAUUAAUUCAUAUUCUAGUGGAGACAUCAUCAAUACUACAAAUUCAUCAUCAAGUGAUCCAUUAAACCUAGUUAAUUCUAUGAGUAGUACUACUCAAGAUUUGGGAUUUCAUCAAUGGGCUAAUAAUAACAUUAAGCAAGAAAAUUCAUAUCCAAAAUUUACUCAAAUGUUGACAAGUCCAUCAAGUAUAGAAGAAGGAGGAGAAUUGAGUGAUAUGAAUGCUAAGCUUUUGCUUGGUACACUUUCUAAUACUGGGCUUCAACUUUAUCAUGGAGAUAAUAAUAAUAACAAUAAUCUUCUUUAUUCUUCAAAUUCUAGUAGUAUUAGUACUAAUAGAGGGAGAUUUAGUCAAAUAUAUCCCACAAUAAAUGUGUCCAAUUUGAAUAUAAAUCAAGCAAAUUCUUGUAGCUCUUUGGAUAUGAAUUUACAGCCAUUGGAUCUCAUCAAUUCUACAAGAUAUGGAGGGAGUUUUAGCCAGACAUAUGGCUUAACAACAAAUCAUUUUCAGCAUUCAUCAAGUGAAAGUCCAGUAAAUAGCUCCACAAGUAUAUCGGCCUUUAGUAAUGGAAUGCCUGAAGCUAAAAGGACCAGCAAUACUUUGGAGACUAAUAAAGGGCCUCAAAAUGCACCAAAAAAAUCAAGAGUUGAUUCACGCGCAUCAUGUCCACCCUUUAAGGUGAGAAAGGAGAAAUUAGGAGAUAGAAUAGCAGCUCUUCAACAAUUGGUAGCACCUUUUGGCAAGACGGACACAGCAUCUGUACUAAUGGAAGCUAUUGGUUAUAUCAAAUUUCUUCAAAACCAAGUUGAGACACUAAGUGUGCCAUACAUGAAAUCAUCACGAAGCAAAGCCAGCAGAUCAUUGCAUGGAGGUGGUGUAGAGAUGAAUAAUGAAGAAAUGAAAAGAGAUCUUAGAAGCAGAGGUUUGUGUUUAGUGCCUUUGACAUGUUUAACUUAUGUUACUGAAGGUGGAGGAGGUGUUUGGCCGCCCCCUAAUUUUACUGGAGGCACUUAAAUUAGGAGUUUAAUUUGGCCACGUCAUUUUCUUUAUGUAAUUUUAUCAUUUUUGCUUUAUUAAUGGAGCAAACUUGGUCAUUCUGAAAAAACAAAAAAACAAACAUAACUGUUAUGUUAUUGUAGAAUAGACCAAGUUUGAUCCAUUAAUGGUUUGUUAGUUUUUAACAUUACCUUUUUCAUAUUAUUAAUUAUUAUGACUUUGUGCAACUUAUUUGAAUUCAAAGUAACUAAUGCUCCCAUUU